GAUACACGUUUCCGCUGUAUUAGAUGGUGUUUUGUGGCGUUUUGGGAAGCCCUGUGAAUUUACACAUAGAGUCCUGGGAAACAGACUGGUUGACCAUGGCAACCGACUCUCCGCGCAGACCAAGUCGCUGUGCUGGAGGGGUUGUGGUUCGAGCCCAGGCUGCUACGGAGCAGUCUUACAUGGAAAGUGUGGUGACAUUUUUACAAGACGUGGUUCCUCAGGCUUACACCGGGACGCCUCCAACCGAUGAGAAAGAAAAGAUCAUUUGGGUUCGGUUUGAAAAAGCCGACAUCAAUGAUGUGGCCCGUUCACCAGAGCUUUUGGAGAUGCACGGCAGCGGUGCUGAUCCACCCCUGUGUCUGAUGAUUGGCUAUGCAGAUGGACUGCAGAUCUGGAGCAUAUCGCUGAGCGGCGAGGCCCAGGAGCUGUUCUCAGUAAGGCACGGUCCGGUUCGAACUGCUCACAUCCUCCCUGCUCCUUAUAUCAGUCCUCUCAAGACUGACAGCUUUGCGGAGAAGCGGCCUCUUCUCGGGGUGUGCAAGAGCACCGGCUCCUCAGGGACUAGCCCUCCAUAUUGCUGUGUGGACCUGUAUUCUCUCAGGACAGGAGAGAUGGUGAAGUCUAUUCAGUUUAAAACACCCAUUUAUGACCUAUACUGCAACAAAAGGAUUCUUGUUGUCAGUCUCCAGGAGAAGAUCGCUGCUUUUGACAGCUGCACUUUCAUGAAAAAAUUCUUUGUCACAAGCUGCUACCCUUGUCCUGGUCCCAAUCUCAACCCCAUAGCUUUAGGAGGACGAUGGCUGGCCUACGCUGAGAACAAGCUGAUCCGGUGUCAUCAGUCGCGUGGCGGGGCCUGCGGAGACAAUGCUCAGUCCUACACCGCCACCGUGAUCAGUGCUGCCAAAACGCUGAAAACGGGGCUGACUAUGGUGGGUAAAGUGGUGACCCAGCUUACGGGCACCCUGCCCUCUGGAGCGCCUGACGAAGAGGGCACUGCCCACAGCAGCAUGCGCCGCACUGCCCACCAGCCCGGUGUGGUCACCAUCAUAGACACGCACGCCGUCGGAGAGGGCCAGGUUCUUGUGAGUGAAGACUCUGAUGGUGAAGGCGUGGUCGCUCAUUUUCCAGCCCACGAUAAGCCUAUAUCCUGUAUGGCUUUUAACCCAAGUGGCAUGUUGCUGGUGACUGCUGACACACUGGGCCACGAUUUCCACGUCUUUCAAAUUCUCACCCACCCGUGGGCCUCCUCCCAGAGUGCUGUCCAUCACCUGUACACCCUGCACAGGGGAGAGACUGAGGCUAAGGUGCAGGACAUCUGCUUCAGCCAGGACUGCCGGUGGGUGGUGGUGAGCACGCUACGUGGCACCUCCCACGUCUUCCCCGUCAACCCGUACGGCGGCGCACCGUGCGCACGCACCCACCUCUCACCGCGCGUGGUCAACCGCGUGAGCCGCUUCCAGAAGAGCGCCGGCCUGGAGGAGAUCGAACAGGAGCUGAGCAGCAAGCAGGGUGGCCGCUGCAGCCCCGUACCCGGGCUCUCCGGCAGCCCCUCCGGCUCACCCUUGCACGCUAAGGUCUCCAGCCAGGAAUCGUAUAACAACUUCACCAACAACAACAUGGGGAAUCCCCGGCUGUCUCCUUUGCCAAGCCUGACCGUGGUGCCACCGCUGGCUCAGAUCAAGCAGCCUGUGACCCUGGGCACCAUCACGAAGCGCUCAGGACCCUACCUAUUUGGGGCAGGAUGUUUUUCCAUUAAAACUCCAUGCAAAGCCAAGCCGCCCCCCCAGAUCUCCCCCAGUAAGUCCAGUGGAGGGGAGUUCUGUGUGGCUGCUGUGUUUGCCUCCUCCUGCUCCUGGUUCAUCACCAAUCCCAACAUGAAGAGAGAGAAAGAUCAGUCCCGCCAGGCUGUUGUUGACUCCCUCUACAUCGUGAGCUGCUACGGUAACCUGGUGGAGCACGUCCUGGAGCCUCGGCCAAUCAGCACAGCGCAGAAGAUAGGGGAUGACACGCCUCUGGAGCUGAACACCUGUCCUAGAGCCUGUUGGACUUUGGCCAGAACACCACAGUGGAAUGAGCUCCAACCUCCUUUCAACAGCAACCACCCUUUGGUUCUGGCCUCUGAUUUGGUGCAAUACUACCAAUACCUCCUGGCUGGCUUGGUGCCACCAGGAAGCCCUGGGCCCAUCACCAGACACGAGUCCUACGACAGCCUGGCGUCCGACCACAGUGGCCACGAGGAUGAGGAGUGGCUCUCACAGGUGGAGAUCGUGACCCACACCGGCCCUCACAGACGUCUCUGGAUGGGCCCACAGUUCCAGUUUAAGACCAUCCACCCCUCAGGCCAGACCACGGUCAUCUCCUCCAGCUCAUCAGUGCUGCAGUCCCAGGGGCCCAGUGACACGCAGCAGCCUCUGCUUGACUUCGACACGGAUGACCUGGACCUGCACAGCCUGAGGAUCCAGCCAGUGCGCUCGGAGCCCAUGAGCAUGCCCGGUUCCUCUCGCCUGGGGACUGAGCGCAGAACCCAGACCACUGUCAUCGAUAACGGUUCAGGCACUUUCGACCAUAGCGUGACCCUGCUGGAGGUGUGUGGCAGCUGGCCCGAGAGCUUCGGCCUGCGUCACAUGUCCUCGGUGGACGCCACAGACGAGGGCCUACGGGAGCGGCUGGCCGAAGCCAUGUCCGAGUCGCCCAGCAGGGACAUCGUAGGAUCCGGGACAGAGCUGCAGAGGGAAGGCAGCAUCGAGACGCUCAGCAACAGCUCCGGAUCCGCCAGCGGCAGCAUUCCGCGCAACUUCGAAGGCUACCGGUCCCCUCUUCCCACCAACGAGGGACAGCCCCUCAGCCUCUACCCCGGGGGCUUCCCCUAACACGUCCUCCUCCCACCCUGUCCCAUUAUGGACUAACCUCUUUUCUCCAGCUAUGCCUGGACCGUCGCUGUGGUAUGCAACGUUGAUGUUACCUUCCACCAAACCAGCCGCCCAGUGAUGAAGAUUGAAAAGCUUUUCGAAUCGGCCGUCGCAUUUAAGACACCACCUGUACGCAGGUGUUCACUAAAUAAGUUUCUGGAUUUGGACUUUGAUUAGAAACAUGUCGUUUAGUGUGAUACAGUCUGUGUGAGGCAGAGUAUGAAUGAAAGAGAAUGAUGCAGAGAGAAGGCUUCUGCAGACGUGAUGUAUGUUGCUUUAAGGCUGUUUGGAAUGUUAUUUUGCCUUCUCAGCUAGAUGCAUGUCACAAAAUGUGUGUGUGUGUGUGUGUGUCUAUCAAUCAUACAGUAGCUUCAUGUAUGUGUUUUUUUUUAUUCAUCAACCAAAGCUGAGGUGUCUCGGUAUGAUUUAUUUGAUUACAGUCAUAGUUUCAAAGUUGUUAAAGAAUCCGGAUUAUGUUCCAUUUCAAUGUAUAACUGCAUUUACAUUGAGUAUAUUUACAAUGCUUGUUUAUGAAAAAAAAAAAGUCCUUUGAAGACAUUUCUGGACAGAAUAUUUUGAAUCUAUUUUAAUAGAUAUUUACUGUUAAUAAUUUUAAACCUAAAUUUGCUUAAAUUUGUUGCCAUUGACUCAUAUAUUUAGUUGUGCUCUAAUGAUACUUAAUGGUUACACAUAUCUCUCAAUAUUUCUUUGUAUAUUUAAUUCUGAUUUUAACCCAUUAAGGGUGCAUGUGCGUGUGUGUGUUUGUGUGUGUCUUACAUUUCCCUUUUAAACUUAGUGGUAAAUACAAGGUUUAUCACUUACUUGAGAAGGGACAUUGCUUUAGAAUUAUUUCCAUGUUUUAAGAUAUGCUUUGUGAAUGUUGAGAGAAUGUUGUCUGGCCAGUUCUCGGCUCAAACCCUCAUUAUCCGAGCGACUCUUAAGUGGUCCGAGAUGUCUAGCCAGCGCUCCCUGCCUGUAGGAAUAUGUUUAGAAGGAGGUGAUGAUGGUACAGCAGGCCUUAUUUGUCCUUCUCAGUGUGCACAUGCUCUCGUACUGUUAAUAUAUGCUUUCGUCUUUAUGGCUUACAAGGGAUGCGUUUCCUUAGACUGGACUGGACGGGCAAUGUUGCACAGAAGUGGAAGUGGAGUGGAGCUGCAGGGACAUUAGGGGAGUGCGCUGUAUCAUCUCAGCUCAGCCUGCAGUUCCAUGAAAGUGAGCAUGGCUGCCCUGGGCAGAGUAGUGCAUGUGGCCAGCCUGAGGCGUGUCCGACCAGGGAGCCUCUCGCUGAAUGAUUUACAAGGGGGCAAAUCUGGCAUGACUGUAUUUCCUGUGAAUGCACUGCACAUGCUUUUUAUGGACUGUAAUACGCUUUUGUAAAACACCCAGUUUAUCCUGUUGUUGAAUAUAAAUCCAUGCAGUUGAAAUUGUCAAA